AUAUGGUAAAACACGAUUUUCAAGACUUUGUUUUCAGAAUGCAGGGAAGCUCACAUUGUUCUUUCAACCAUUACCAGAACCUAAGAACUUGACUGACACACACGCUGCACCCCAAUCCCUACCAUCACCCCGCCACUACAAGAGAACACACACCUUAAUUGCCCUAGCUCGAUGAUGACAACAGCUUCUAUCAUGCACCAUUGUUGUCCGUCCCGCCCUGACAACAACAAAAAUGGGUCUCUUUUCAGUCUGUGUGGGAUGUCACUACAAUUUUCCAUUAAACUUUCUAAUUCCUCUCGUUUAUAUUUUUGAUACGACAGCAUUAAUCACAUACGUAAUCCGUCCAAGGUAUUUCACAAAUCUCUCUGAGCUUUGUCCUAUGAGUAGGAACAGACGUCGAUGCUGCCCCCCAGCAUUUGGCUAGUUUUCCUCUCGCUGGGCGGGCGGUCACACGGAUCAACCUUCAGCCCUCCCCAGCAGUCGCUAAAAGCAAGCGGAUGAUCCGUUGCUACUGAAUACCCGACAAGACACAGCAACUUACUGCCGUAAGUAAACAUAGCGUCGCUGUAGUUCCAUGCUUACAAACUUGAAAAAUGAAUGGCUGUUUUGAAAUAAGAUAGCCUACCACACGACGAUUAUUAUUUGAUUUAAACUUGUUGAACUCUCUUUGGAAUCCCCCGGAAUCACCUCCUGCUUCCAACUCACCUGGGACAGAGGACAGAGACCAGCCUUUUUCUAAAGUCUUAAUAGCCUGCAAUGACUUUUUGCACAAGAUGUCUGAAACUGCACUGAAACAGGUGACUGUGCUGAAGGAGAAUGGACAGGAUGGAGAGAAAACCUUAGACUGGAGUUAUAUUGAAUGGCACCAGAAUGAAGACCUGGUGUCCAAAGGUGUGUCUGAAGUCCAGACGCAAACCACCGCAGGGUCGCGCGAAGACAAGGAGACCCAGACCAGCAACCCUGUCAUCAUGCACAUCGAUUUGACCCGGACACACUCCAAACUCAAACAGAGCCUCUCGUUGGACAGCGACAGCUUAGUGGCUCCUCUGUUCCAGUUCGAUCGGCAGGCCCCGGCUCGGAUCUCCACCUCGCCCACCCUGAGGAGAAUGAGGAGCACGCGGAGGCCCAUCAUGGACUUCCGGGACUCCAUGAGGAUGGAGAGCACGCAGGAAGAGGCCAGCCUCGGCGAUACCUUCUCCCCCAUCGGUCCCCUCUCCCCCCCCCACAGGCUGAUGUCUCCGCUGGCUGCCAGCCCUCUCUCCGACACAGGAAGCCACCAUGACAGUGCGCCAGACUCGUCAUCUAGCCAGGACAACCCCAGAUUUUCACACAGGUCCAAAACGCUGGACAAUGGCAUGGUUCACACGAGACAAGCGUCUUUAAACGCCCGGCAAAGCUCCAGUAAAGACUGCCUGGACAGGGAGGACCAGGAAAAGGAGCCUUGUCAUAAAAGACUGCAGGAGCGGAGGCGGAGCUCUGUGGUGGUCAGCCUGCCAGGAUUGGACGUUUCCCCUGGUGACCUGUUUGUGUCCAAUGGAGUGGCAGACAUAUUAAACAGCUCCAACUUCUCAGAUACAAAGAAAUCCAAGUGGCCCUUUUCCCGACGUAGCACGAAAAAAGGGAAGGCUCAGACACGCACAGCAGCUGACGUUGAGAAAUGCCUCUCCGGGGAGCAAGUACAGGACUGGAGAGACUCGGACUUCCAGAAGUACAAGGACUGCUCGCUGGGAGAGUUCCUCCAGGACCAGUCCCUCCAGAGAAGGCCCGACUCGGACCCCCGGGACUACAAGAAGCAGGAAGCCAUAUGGGAGCUUUUCACCAGUGAAUGUGUCUACUUCCUGGACCAGCUCAUGGUGCUUAAAGAGGUGUUCCAGACCACCCUAGUCAACCUGCAGGUCCAGGACUGUCUAUCGGAUGUGGACUCUUGGCGGCUGUUUGCCAACCUCAAAGAGCUGUGUCUGGUGAGCUAUGGGUUCCUGUGCACCUUGCUGCACGCCAUCAGGGACUCCUGGGGGAGCAGUGAGACUGAGGGAGAAGGAUCUCUGCUGGACCUCCUCACCAAGGCAUUCCGUGAGAACAUCUGUUGCUGUCUCCAGAAGUACUGCCUCAACUACUCCACAGCCCUGCUCUACGUCGACAGCCUCAAACACAGAGAGGACUUUGGUAGCUACGUCAAGUGGUGUGAGAGAAACCAGCAGUGCCGGAGGCUGCAGCUGCGCGACCUGCUGGUGGCGCCGUUACAGCGCCUGACUCGCUACCCGCUCCUGCUGAGGAACGUUGGGAAGAGGAGCCGGGCCGAGGAGGAAGAGGGGGCCCUCCGGAGGGUGGCCGAGCAAGUAGAAACCUCCAUAUGUGACCUGGAAGGCAAGGUGAAAUGGCUGGAGAACUACCAGAAAGUCAAGCAGCUGAGAGACGCGCUGGUGUGGCUGCCUGUGUGGGAGAGGGACAAGCGGGCCUUCGUCCCUGAGAACCUGAAGCACCUGGUGAAGGCGGUGACCCUGGAGAACCUUAUCUCCCAUCGCAGCCUGCUGUUUGAGGGCAGGUUGGUCCUUACAGACAACCCCAAGCUGAUCGAUGUCUACCUGUUCCUGUUUGAUGAGUUCCUGCUGAUCACCAAGAUCAAGAGGAAUAAGAAGAAGGCUGUGGGGGAGCAGAACUCUCUCCGGCCUGCCCAGAGCCAGGAGCUGGAGCAGCUGCUGAAGGAGGGCUGCACCUUCACCGUCCUGGACCAGCCCGUCUCCCUCGACCGUCUGCAGAUGAAGAACGUAGACCAGCUCAAUGCCACUGCGUCGGGUCUGCCCCACUCCUUCAUCCUCAUGCACCAGAACCGGUACCAGCAGUACAUCGGUGCCUUCAUCCUCCAGGCUCCCUCCGAGUCAGUCAAGAGGGUGUGGAUGUCAAAGCUAGAGGGCGCUGUGGCAGCACUGUUGAAGAUUGACGCUCAGCAGCCCCGGGUGAAGAACUCCGAAUCCUCCCAGAUAUGACUCAGCGAUCAUCAUCAUUCUCACCAUGCACUCUGGAGUUCUGUUUAAGCCUUGUACAUUUACCAGCAGAAUCAUUUUGUAAACUGGAUGUUUGCUUUGAAUGGGUGUCGAUUAUUACAAUAAACUGAUGACUGUGUGAUUAAAUAGUUUGUUGCCAACUGUAAGACAAGGUACACCUUGGUGAGUGUCACCCAGGCAGGCGUGACAUGGACAUAAAACAUAGAACAUCAAAAAAGCGAUGGCUUUUUGCCAACAUUUUACAUGUUUUAUUAAUUGUUAAGUCUUCAUGGAAAAAUUAGCAAACAAAUUAUACAUCUGGUGCAUCGUGGAUUACAUGACUUCGCUUUUCUUCUGUUCAGUUGGGGGAAGGGGGGGGUUGUCCCUAGAGCCGUCUAGCCCCCCCCCCCCCCCCCCCCCCCCCCCCCCCCCCCCCCCGCAGCCUCCCUGGGGGCCAGAGCUGGACCCCCCCCACAGCUUGGCAUAAGGCACACCCACAGAACCACAAACCCUCCCAGGAGACAGAGAUCUAAAGCCAACUGACACAUGCACAACAGCUGACAUCAAAGUGAAACAAGCCACAAUUUAGUGUCGUAUGGUGUUGUUCCUUAAAGUUGUAAGACAUUUGUUUUUUUGUUGUUUUUUUCGUACGUUUGCUGUCAACAUUUAUGCACAAGGGUUUACACAUCUCAUACAUAUCUCUUUACAGUUAAAAACAUGAAUUACAAGAGCCUUGUUUUUAGGUGAGCGGGACAGAAGCCACGUGUCGUGAAGAUGCACUGCACAGACUCGUGGACAGUGGUGCUGUGUCUGUUCACCUUUAUCCCCUAUGGCACAAACAGAGACGAGCUCUGUGACUGGUCAGCACUGGUCUGAGAGGAGCGCUCCUAAUUGGUCCGCCGGCGUCAUUCGCGAGGUCCAGGAUUGGUCGACACAGCUUGGCGUGUCGACGUGUGUUCCCUCACAUUUGAUAAUACUCCAGGAGGCUCCUCCUCUGGCAGACUUGACAGGACAGAAGACUGGCAUCAUCCUUCAGGCUUCCCUGCUUCAGUGACAGUCUGAGGUAGGACUACAAAUGAGCCCGGAUGGGCAGUGGCAACCCAUAACUAUGUUGGUGACCGCCUGUUUGUUGGAUGCGCACACUGGCAGAGCCCCCCCCCCCCCCCCUCUCGUUGC